AAUAAAGCGGUGGGUGAAAAGGGGCUGAGGAGGGGGGGCGUCGAGGAGCAACGUCUGCGGUGCGGCCGGGAAGGCGGAGGAAAAGGGACUGGGAGGCUCCAUCUGGAGGUUGGGGGAUGGGAAGGAGAGGGCUGAAGAAGAGAUGGGGUGGGGUUGCCAACUCUGGGGUGGAAAACACCUGGAGAGUUUGGGGGGAGGGAGCUUAGCAGUCUUAAGAACAUGUCCACUUUCCAAAGCUGCCAUUUUCUCCUGGGGAACUGAUCGCUGUCGAGCUCUAGUCUUGGGCAAGGAGGCACAGAACUAGACAACCCGCUUGCCCUGGCUUUUGGGGCAGGGGUCCUAGCAGGCUCACCAUGGCCCAGCAACGUGGAGUCAACAGCCUGCGCUUCAACCAAGACCAGAGCUGCUUCUGUUGUGCGAUGGAGACUGGUGUCCGGAUUUAUAACGUGGAACCUCUGAUGGAGAAGGGACACCUCGAUCACGAACAGGUGGGCAGCGUGGCUCUGGUGGAGAUGCUGCACCGAUCCAACCUCCUGGCUAUUGUGGGCGGAGGAGGCAACCCUAAAUUCUCGGAGAUUUCAGUCUUGAUCUGGGACGACGCUCGCGAAGGGAAAGAAGGCAAAGACAAGCUGGUGCUGGAGUUCACCUUCACCAAGCCGGCUCUGGCCGUCCGCAUGAGGCACGACAAGAUAAUCAUCGUGCUGCGGAACCGAAUCUACGUGUAUUCCUUCCCUGACAACCCCAUCAAGCUCUUCGAGUUUGACACCCGGGACAACCCCAAAGGACUCUGCGAUCUCUCUCCAAGCCUGGAGAAACAGCUCCUUGUUUUCCCCGGACACAAAUGUGGCAGCUUGCAACUGGUGGACCUCUCUAGCACAAAGCCUGGCACCUCUUCGGCCCCGUUCACCAUCAACGCCCACCAGAGCGAGAUCGCCUGCAUCUCCCUCAACCAGCAGGGCACGGUGGUGGCCUCCGCCUCGAAGAAAGGGACCCUCAUCCGCCUCUUCGACACCCAGACCAAGGAGAAGCUGGUGGAGCUCCGGAGAGGGACGGACCCGGCGACUCUCUAUUGCAUUAACUUCAGCCACGACUCAUCCUUUCUCUGCGCCUCCAGUGACAAAGGAACCGUCCACAUCUUUGCCCUGAAAGACACCCGUUUAAAUCGCCGUUCAGCACUGGCACGCGUGGGGAAGGUGGGGCCCAUGAUAGGUCAGUACGUGGAUUCUCAGUGGAGCCUGGCCAGUUUUACUGUCCCAGCCGAGUCCGCUUGCAUCUGCGCUUUUGGAAGGAACACCUCCAAGAAUGUCAACUCGGUCAUCGCUAUCUGCGUGGAUGGCACUUUCCACAAAUACGUCUUCACUCCGGAUGGGAACUGCAACCGGGAGGCCUUUGAUGUCUACCUGGAUAUCUGCGACGACGAUGACUUUUGAGCAUCGCUGGGCCUCCGUGCCCAAAUGCUGCCAGGCCCUGAGCAGUUUGGGAGAGUCGCGUGCCGCGGGAAAAAAGAACAAGGCAUGCUGGGAACCCUGCGGGGCUCCUGGGGCAUGCUGGGAUGAAGGCAGGGGAAGCGACCUGAUUGGUUGUUUCUCUCAACUCCCUCUGUGGUGGUCCUUUAAAACAAAAAAUCACUUCUAUGCUUGCCUCCCUUCCCGCCUCCCACAGUGCCAGGGAGAGGCCUAGAAGGCUGACGUUGUCCGAGACUCCGUUCAGCCUGGAUUUUGGGAAGUGGGAGGAGCCAGAUGCUUAAUGUUUGUUCCAUCUGGACAUUCUCAGCUGUCGAAAGAUCAGCAGUGGUGUGUGUGUGUGGUGGGUGAGACCAUUAAAGUAGAACUUCAACUGC